UAAAAAUAAAUGGGUUUUAGAUAAAUUCUUUUAAGUCAUUGCGCUGUUGGACCCUAACCGACCCAUUCCAUUUAGAAAAAUUUCUACAGUUGUAUAUGCGAAAGGGCUCUCUCGCUCGAUCUUCAUUAACAAAUAAUCACUUUCUGCUGAAAAUGGGGUUAUGGUCAAUACUGGAAGGGUUUUUGCUGCUUGCAAAUGCAAUGGCAAUAUUAAACGAGGAUCGAUUCCUUGCACCCAGAGGUUGGAGUUUCUCGGAAUUUUCUACAGGGCAGACCAAAUCAUUUAAAGGCCAGCUUAUUGGUCUUAUUUAUGCUACCCAAUACAUGAGACUUCCUCUUAUUCUACUCAAUGCUAUCUGCAUUGUUGUAAUGUUGAUUUCUGGUUGAUGAUUGCAUUGCUCUUUCAAGGUAUUCCUAGAAUGUGAUUUCCUUAUCUGUUCAUAAUUUGCAGAAUUCAUGAAGUUGAACCCGGAAGAUCCGAAACUUGCAAGAGGUUGUGAAAGAUUGGAGCGUUCAGUUCAAAAAAAUCAGCGGAUAAGUUCUUAAAAUCGAAUUUUAGGUUUCGUGAUGGGAUCAUAUUGAACUGGGAAAUGUAUGGCUUGAGCAUUUGUAUCAUUUGAGACAGCUUCUGCACUGUCAUUUUGAAGUACACAGUUUUAUUAUGGCUGAAAUUUGCUAUUAUUUGGCAUCACUUCAUGUAUCUGUUCUUUUGUUAAGCCUAACAGAAGUUUUUGGUCAGCUGGCACCGGGAACUUGUUUGAUUAUAUGUUGAUGAACAUGUACAUUUAAUAUUCUCAAAUAAAUUCAUUUAAUUUAAAUGAA